AUGGAAUAUUCUCACAUUGAAAUUUGUUUAAAAUUUGAAAAUCCGGGCAAUUAUUUUAUCAUUUUACUGAAGAGUUUUACCGAGGGUUUUUUACAAUUCUAUGUUAAGAUAAAAAAAGCAAAAGAGGAUAAAUGUGUUAUAAAAAUGUUUAAGAAAAUGAGUGAUUUGGAGAGAGAAGUAUUGAAAGGUUUGAGACAUUCCAUAUCAAUAAACAUAAUAAAAACAGAGGAAAAUGAUAUUGAGGAUGGUCAAAUGAAUGUAUUUAAUGAAGGUUUUGAAGAAAGAUAUAAUGAUGAAAUAGAAUUUGUUGCCUUAAUAUACCCAAUUUUGAACGAUGGAAUUUAUAAAUUUUAUUUGGAUGAGGAAGGGAUAACAAGAGAAAAAGUGAUGUUUAAUACUGAUACGAAUAACGAAAUAAUCAACAUUGGGAACAAAAAUGAGGAAAAUCCUAGCAAAAAUUUCUUCUAA